UGCAGACUGACGCUGGCACUCGCCGGUUCCAGCCAGGCAGACGGGCGCGGUAUCGGCGUGGCAGGGGACUCUGAGGGCCAGCACACCGCCAUGUCCUCCGGCAGCAGGGCCAGUCCGGGCAGAGCCGGGCUCCGGGCUGCAGCCGUGCUGAUCGGACUCCUGCACAGGUCCCGCAAACGGCGAGAGAGGGAGGCCCAGAGCACACUGGAAGCGGGUUGGAAGCAGGAACUGCUCAACAUCUCUGAUGUACCACCGGGAGACUACCCCCCCUUUCCUCCCCACACCGCCCCCCCCACCAUGAAGUCGGCAGAGUUCUUCAACGGCGUGGAGAGGAUGGAGGACAGCCCUGUCAUUCACCCCAGCAUAGAAGAGGUCCUAGAAAAGGGUAGCCCAUACCCCCAGGUCAUCCUCCCUCGGUUUGGGGGCUAUUGGAUUGAGGACCUGGAGGCCGGUGUCAUCUCUCCCACCUCCAUCGACAGCAUGUUCAGUGAAGAGGAUGAGGGCGGGGCCAGCAUGGGGGGCGGGACUUUCCGGCUGGAGUGCAACAGCAGCGCGAGAGCCUAUCGCAAGCACUUCCUGGGAAGGGAGCACCUGAACUUCUAUGGGACAGCAAGCAGCCUGGGCCCACUGGUCCUGUCCCUGAAGCAUGAGGAGGCUGAGGAGCAGGAGCAUCUGCAAAUCAUACUCAGGUCUCGGGUGAAGACGCUGCACGAUAAGAUCUCUCUAGCAGGACUGUUACGGUUCCCCAGCAUCCCAGAAAUUGCCAAGCUGCUGUGUGACGACAUCACGGGCCUGAAGUUCAACCCAGUACUGUAUCCAAAGGGUUCCCAGCUGAUAGUGAACUAUGAUGAACAUGAAGUUAGCAACACAUUCAAGUUUGGAGUCAUCUACCAGAGGUUUGGUCAGGUAUUGGAGGAAGAGCUCUUCGCUAACAAUGAGGAGAGCCCUGCCUUCAGGGACUUCCUGGAGAUGUUGGGUGACUGCAUCAAGCUGCAGGACUUCAAAGGCUUCCGGGGGGGUCUGGAUGUCUCCCAUGGUCAGACGGGCUCACAGUCUGUCUAUACAGUUUUCCGGGACAUGGAGGUCAUGUUCCACAUCUCCACCAAGCUGCCCUUCACAGAGGGUGAUGCCCAGCAGCUCCAGCGGAAGCGUCACAUCGGGAACGACAUCGUCGCCGCCGUCUUCCAGGAAGAGGCCACGCCCUUUGUGCCUGACAUGAUCGCCUCUAACUUCCUGCACGCCUACAUCCUGGUGCAGGUGGAGAACCCUGACGCAGAGCACACCACGUACAAGGUGUCUGUCACAGCACGGGAAGAUGUGCCUACCUUUGGGCCACCCCUUCCCAAUCCCCCCAUUUUCAAGAAGGGUCCAGAGUUUCGGGAGUUCCUGCUGACCAAGCUGAUCAAUGCAGAGCUCGCCUGCUACAAGUCAGAUCGCUUCGCCAAGCUGGAGGGCCGGACCAGGGCAGCCUUGCUGGACCAUCUUUUCGAGGAUUUGCACCGGCAGACUCAGGCCAUGCAGGGUUUGGGAGGGGGCUGUGAAGAUGACAAGCUGGAGAACGGGGGCCACGGGGGGCUGCUAGAGACAUUCAAGCGAGCGAUGCGGGUCCGAAGCCACUCCAUGGAGACGAUGGCAGGCCAGCACCGGUACCGGGGCCAAGGGGGAGGCGGCGGGGUCCCCCCCAGCCUGAGUGGUGGGAUUCUGCCCCAGAACAGCAGCGACUCCAGUAAAAGUACCUUCUCGCCCCCAGGGGCAGCAGCCAAGUCGCCACUGAAAAGCCCAGUGAAGCGACGGUCAGGUUUUUUCCCUCGGCUGCAUAGCAACACAGACAAGUCGGACAGGUAUUCAUGCAUUGACGUAAAGAUAUCGGAUGGGAGCCAUGUUUCCCAGGAGGUGAGGUCAGAAACACUGUCAAACCCCAGCUCUCCGGAGAUCAACCCCAGUAAAGAGAAGCAGUGGACCAAGCAGAAAGAGAGCAGCGGCACUGGAAGACCUGACAUCUCCCGCUCCUCCUCCAGCACCAGUAGCUUCAGCAGUGCUGCUGGCGAAGGGGAGACUCUGGACGAGCUGGACCCAGCUUCUAUGGGACACCCACCAGUGUACAGCCCCUCCCUCAGUGUGGAUAUGCAGAGCCCGGGGACCCCAGUCAUCCGGUGUCGUAGUCCCAUAGACGGAAAAGGGAAAACGUCUCCAAGGUCCAACCUGAAGUUCCGUUUCGACAAGCUGACCCACUCGGCCGCAGGACACUAGCUGAAGCAUGGAGCUGGGCCUGAUUAGAGUACGGUAUGGUAGGAGCAGCAUGCGGUUACUGACACCAUGUUUGGGAUCGGAGAAGGAAUAAGCAUCAGCCGUCUGUGUUAUCCUCGCUCUAGGCUUUAAUUCUCUGGUCUGAAUCAGACCUACAGGGAGCAACAUAGCAACGGAAUCUCCAUAGUUGAAGAGCACAGGAGCUAAGAGAAUUGUAGCGAAGAAGAUAAAAAAGAUAAUCUAA